AAACGGACAACUUUAUUUUUUGACGUUACUUCAAGGUCACUCGCAACACAACAAAAUUGGAAAGAAUUUUUGUGCAAGUUACUAGUCAACCAACUCAUAUUCAGUUGUAUUUGUUUAUCUAGUCAAUCGAUACCUCUCUGACUCAGUACAAUGAAGAUAAAUAUUGAUGGACUACUGGUCUAUUUCCCAUAUGAGUACAUCUAUCCAGAGCAAUAUCAUUAUAUGAUUGAGUUAAAGCGUACCAUAGAUGCUAAAGGUCAUGGUGUUUUAGAAAUGCCAUCUGGGACUGGCAAAACAGUUUCACUACUCUCAUUAAUUGUUGCAUAUAUGAAAGCUCGUCCUGGAAUAGUUGAAAAAUUCAUUUAUUGUUCACGUACAGUACCUGAAUUAGAAAAAGUCAUUGAUGAAUUAAAAGUUCUUGAUAAAUAUUAUGCAACGGAAACUAAUGAAAAAGGAUGUGGUCUAUUGGGAAUUGUCCUUAGUUCACGCAAAAAUCUAUGCAUUCAACGUGAUGUAAAACAGGCUGGUGAUGGAGCUGCUGUUGAUUCUGCUUGUUUUCGAUUAACUGCUAGCUUUGUACGUAAAAAACAUAUGACUGACCCGAAUGUUCCCUACUGUAAAUACUAUGAGGAAUUCGAUCUUCACGGUCGAGAUAAUCCGUUACCCACUGGCAUCUACGGUAUGGCUGAUAUCAAAACAUAUGCCAAAAAGCAUAACUAUUGUCCUUACUUCCUUACACGAUAUGCUAUUUCCUAUGCGAAUAUAGUCGUCUACAGCUACUUUUAUCUUCUUGAUCCGAAAAUAGCUAAUAUUGUCUCACGAGAAUUACCAAAGAAUUCAGUUGUUGUUUUCGAUGAAGCGCAUAACAUUGACAAUGUUUGUAUUGAGUCAAUGAGUUGUUUAAUUACAAGACGUUCUUUAGAAAAAUGUACAACUAGUUUAAAUCUAUUAACACAAACUGUUAAUGAAGCCAAGAUAAACAAUUCGGAACGUUUAAAAGAAGAAUAUCAACGUCUUGUUGAAGGUUUAAGACAAGCAAAGUUAUCAAAAGAGACAGAUUUGGUAUUAGCUAACCCAGCUUUACCAGACGAUAUACUUCAAGAAUCAGUACCAGGAUCACUUCGAAGUGCAGACAGUUUCUUGUCGUUUCUCCGUCGAUUUUUAGAAUAUGUAAAAUUACGUUUACGUAUAGCCCAUGUGGUUCAUGAAACUCCAGUAGCAUUCUUACGUGAUUGUUUAGAAAAAGUUUGUGUUGAUCGUAAACCACUACAAUUCUGCGCGGAAAGAUUACGUUCCCUGCUUCAUACUUUAGAAUUGGCAGAUUAUGCCAAUUUUUCUAGUUUAACUUUGUUAUGUAAUUUUGCAACACUUGUAUCUACAUACACUCGAGGUUUUUGUCUAAUCAUUGAACCAUUUGAUGAACGUACACCAACUAUCAUCAAUCCAGUGUUAUAUUUUCAUUGUAUGGAUGCCAGCUUACCUAUACGACCAAUUAUGUCACGAUUUACCAGUGUAAUUAUUACUUCCGGUACACUUUCACCGCUGGAAAUGUAUCCACGUAUAUUAGAUUUUCAUCCUGUCAAUACAGUAUCUUUUACCAUGACAUUAGCUCGUAACUGUGUUCUUCCAAUGAUUGUAUCCAAAGGUAAUGAUCAAGUCCCAAUGACAACAAAAUUUGAAAGUCGACAAGAUGUUGCCGUAAUACGUAAUUAUGGUCAUUUAUUAGCACAAUUAUCUGCAGUUGUCCCAGAUGGUAUUGUGGCAUUUUUUCCAAGUUAUCAUUAUCUUGAGUCAACAUUUACCAGUUGGUAUGAACAACAUAUUGUUGAACAAAUUCAAAGGAAUAAAUUGUUAUUUGUUGAAACACAAGAUGCUGAAGAGACAAGUUUAGCAUUGGCUGCUUAUCAUCGGGCAUGUGAAAAUGGACGUGGAGCUGUAUUAUUAUCAGUUGUACGUGGUCGAGUAUCUGAAGGUAUAGAUUUUGAUCAUCAUCUUGGUCGUUGUGUUAUCAUGUUCGGUGUACCGUAUGUGUAUACACAGAGUCGAAUAUUCAAGGCUCGUUUAGAUUUCCUUCGUGAACAAUACAAUGUUCGACCAAAUGAAUUUAUUACAUUCGAUGCAAUGCGUCAUGCUGCACAAUGUUUAGGACGAGCUAUUCGUGGUAAAUCCGAUUAUGGUAUUAUGAUUUUAGCGGAUAAACGUUAUGCUCGCGCAGAUAAACGUUUUAAAUUACCCGGUUGGAUACAAUCCCAAUUACAAGAUGCAUUUAUUAAUUUAUCUAUAGAAGAAUCAAUACAAGCAUCAAGACGUUUUUUACGUUUAAUGGGUCAACCAUUUAAUAAAGAUGAUCAAUUAGGUUUAGCAUUAUUAACACGUGAACAUAUUAAUAAAUUAAUUAUACAAAAUCAAACUAAUUCAGUCAUUUCAAUGAAUAAAAUGAAUAAUAUACAAACAAUGAAUAAUUCAAAUCAACCAAGAACUGUAACCACAGCGAUACCAUUGAAAUGAUACCAUACUUGUAAUUGUAUAGAGUAUUUUUCUUUUCUUCUUUUUAAAUAUAUAUAUAUCUAUAUAUUUCUAUAACAUUGUUCGACUAGCUUUUGCCAACUUGCGUCAUUUAUGGCGUAGGCGAGAUAUCUGUCUAUCAACCAAAGAACGUGUUUACUGCUCAGUGGUUCGCCCCGUCCUACUUUAUGGAAGUGUUACAUGACCGGUAAGAGUAGAGGAUAUUCGUAGGUUACUAUUAUUUGAUCAUAGGUGUAUGCUGUCUUCGCAACAUUGCUCGUAUAUCCUGGGACCAUCGAGUAAGUAACGCAGUUGUUAGGAAACGGGUACUAGGUAAGGAUGGCAAAUCAAUUGAUGAAGUAUUGAAGCUUCAUCAGUUGAGAUGGCUGGGAGAGAGUUAGCUCUCACAAUUGGUUGAUUACUGGGUAGCGAUCAAUGUGAUGCGUGUCUAGUCCUUAUUAGUGCAGAUCGAAUGCUAUUGAUCAUGUUGCAAUGUGGCCACCAGUCUAGGUGACUCGACAAUGCGUGCACUAUAUAUUGAUAUUAGAUGGUGGUUGGAGGUAGUCGAUAGAAAACCCUGGACCCGGGUUUCGUGCUACUUGGCAGUCGUCAGCAAGGUGUACCUGUAGUCUUGAGGGAACUGGUGCUCCCUGGCGGAUUCGAUCUCGUGUCACCCAGCUUCACAGUCAGAAACGUUACCACUGAGCUAUCUGAGCCGCGACCGACCUCCUGUAGGACUGAGUUGUAAUCACAAUUGAUUGAUCACUGGGUGGCGAUCAAUGUCAUGCGUGUUUAGUCCUUAUUAGUGCAGAUCGAAUGCUAUCGAUCAUGCUGCGAUGUGGCCACAAGUUAGCUCUUCCUCUUCAAAUGAUCUCAUAUGGCCCUAUACGUAUACAACCACUGUCAGGGAAGUCCUACACAUUGACUUCUAGAGGUUGGAGUGUUGUUUCCGAAGUUAAGAGAAGGACGAGGAAAAUUGAAUGUCCGAUGCUUUGACCGGGUUGGUGGAUAUGGAGGAUCCAUCUAGUGCAGUUGGAAAACCUUGAUUCUAAACUGGUAGUGUACAUAGUUUUUGGAGAGGCUAAUUUCCCCUAUAUCUGACUCCAAUUGCUA